AUGGAAAUGUGGAGGACAAAUGACCUUUUUUGGCCCAUUUGCACUUCGUUUUAUGAUAUGUUGGGAAGGUGGUGCCUUGCCGACCCUCCUGUUGUGGCCGGCAUUGAUCAUCGUCGUCUUGACGGUGGUCGGACUUUGAUUUGCGUCCUCCUCUUCCUUAUUCUCGUCUUCUCCUUGGUGUUUGGAUGGCGGGUACUUCCGACGAUGGCGGUCUUCGCCUCGGGGUGCUUAGGGGCUGCGGUCAUCGGAUUUUGUUGUGGGAGGAGAUUGAUGAGCUACUUUCCGCCAGCUCAGCAGCCAUCCCCAAUGAGGCCGAGUAAGUCCCCGACUCCCUCCCCAAAACCAACUCCCACAAAAACUCAACAAUCGGUACUUUCUCCCGAAAUGCGAGCACGAACUCCAUCGCCAUCUCCGAAAGUUAUCAAACCCGAUUCGGAUAACGAAUCGCCAAAAACAAACAAACCCUUAUCCCACCCUCCAUCCCCUCUAACCCUCCCCCCACCACAGAUCAAAACAGAUAGUGAGAAUGAAUCGGAGCCCAGAAUCGAGCAGAAAAAUGUGCUCGUCCAAGAGAUCAUCGGCAAACAAUUGAAAAAUCACAACAACAAUCCCCAUACAAUCAAAGGAAAAUCGGAACCAAGCAAUGGUAGCAAGAAAAAAGUAUCUGAUUCCGAAGACCUCGGCAUGCGGGUCAUAACGCUCGCGGGCGAAAACAGAGGGGCAAUCAUGCAAUUAAGCCCAUCUCACAAGAAAACCCGUAAUAAUCUUGCUAAAUAUGCAAGUUCGAGUGAUGGCCAAGGAUCAGGCGUGGAGAAUGGUGGGGAAGACAAGUCCAAGAAUAAGGAGAAAAAUGGGAAAAACGCGGCUGUGCCAGCUCAGCCGAUGACGGGCUUCUUCAAUAGCAAUGUCCAGGGAAUAAACAAUUCCAUUCUUUACAACGCCAAGUGCGGCCAUAAUGAUCCGGGCAUCCAUGUUUCUCUCAUUAGGAAGCCCAACGGGGAUCGUAAACACCAUGGAUAA